AUGUUUUAUGCAGUGAAUGUUUUAUCAAGCAAAGGAAGACUAUCCGCAGCCUGGGUGGCGGCAUACUUUGACAGAAGGCUAAGUAAGCACGACAUCCAGCAGGUGAGCAUAGAAGAGACCGUGAAGUCCAUAGAAACAGGAGAAGUGCCAGAGCUUGCCCUAAGAACAUCAAGCCACAUUCUCCUGGGCCUGUCCAAGAUACUCUUCAGAAAAACAAAGAUUCUCUACGACGAGUGCAAAGAAUUGUUCAUAACUGUCAAAAGAAAAAGCCCAGUCGAUCCGCAGCAAUCUCAAAAGAUCAGCAAAACAGAAAUAACAUACCCCAUCAGUCUUUUUAAGUAUGUAAAUCUGCCUGCACACUAUGCCACCGCAAAUGCAGAAGUGUCUGAAGUGGAGAUAGGAAGAGGAACAGUUGAUGGAAUGAUAAGCAAUCUAGAGUACUCCAUCAGUCUGAACAACAUAUCACUUACGCUCGCUGAGACUCUAUCAGACAUUCACAGCACAGAAGAGAGCGAAAUUGUUGUAAAUAACACAAUGGAAGAGCACACUAUUUCAGAGAUAAAAAUGCAGGAAGACGAAAUGCUGCCGAACAUAUCAGCUAUUUCACACUACGAGCCAUCGCACAUGGCAGACACCCUGCUGAAGAUCCCAGAGAAAGAAACAGCUAGAAAAAGAACAGUCGAGAGCCAUGAAAAAGUGAAAAAAGUAAAAUACGAAAACAGCACAGAAGUAGAGAAUAAAAACAUAAAGCCAGCCAAGAUGCAGCCAGUAAAAAUAAGAUCGCAUCUUAUCCCAGAGAAGCUGAGAGACAUCUACACCUUGAUACAGAGCACACCUGUGGAAGAAAAAGAAAAUAAAACACAGGAGCAAUCCAUUGCAAAUAUCUCCAGCGUAUCGCAGGCAGUAAACAGCAGGAGCUCGUUCAAUGAAUCGUUCAACGAGUCUUUCAAUCACAUAGAAAGCACUUCGAUAGAAAUCCCUAGAAGGGAGUCGGUGCUUGCCAUUCCUGCAGAUGAGCCGUCUUUCCUGCUAAUGAACAAUGCUGACCUAGAUGGAAUCAUGUCAGAGGGCAGCUCUUCGAUAGACUUGGAAAGCAGCGACAUCAGAAAAAAGACACAGUCAUUUAUUCACAUGCUCCGGAAAAUAUCAGAGGGCACAUUAAGAGCCGUCCAGCCAGUGCCAUACGGCAGUAUUGCAGUUGAAGUGAUUUAA